ACAGAAGGAACAGAAAGAGAAGGAGAGGGGGAGUGGGAGGGAAGAGUUAAAGGGACUAGAGAUAUAUUUAAUGGUGUGGGUGUGUGAAGCAGCCAGGCAUGCAUCAUAACUGUGCCUUCUUCUUCUCGGAGCAGCUGGACAGCCAGAGCAUCAGCAGAAUUUAGCUGCUUGCCGUUUUCACGAUGGAAGCUGCUUGGUUUCUGCAGCCUGGACGACUUUGUUAACGGGAAAAAGCAAAGAUUCGAGUGAACCUUCAUGAGCCUCCUGUCUGUCAACAACCCAGAUUUCAUCCGAGAUGGCCCUCACUCCUGUCAUCAUCUGCCUCUUGUCGAUGGCAGGCCUGGCCUCCCCCCAUCCCACUGCUCCUCCUUCUCCCCGGGGGUGUGGCCCAGAUGUGGACCCCCCCUACAGAGUGCUGUGUGACCUGGAGGCGGUGUGGGGUAUCGUUCUGGAGGUGGUGGCGUGCGCUGGUGGCCUCACCUCUCUGGUCCUGGCGGUUCUUCUGAUCGUCAAGCUGCGGGGGGUGUCUGACCCUUCGCGGCGCUCUGGCGUUGGCCCCCUCCUCCUGCUGCUGGGCACCCUCCUGGGGCUGUUUACCAUCUCGUUGGCAUUUCUGGUGGGGAAGACGCAGGUGCUGUGUGUGGUGCGCAGGGCCUUCUGGGGCCCCCUGUUCGCUUUGUGCUUCUCCAGCCUGCUAGUGCAGGGGGUGCGGCUCAGGAGGCUGGUGGGGGGGCAAUCAAGCCCUUCAGGGAGUGCCCUGGCAGCACUGGGUCUGGCUCUGGCUUUGGUUCAGGGGAUCAUCUCUGCUGAGUGGGUUCUGCUGACUGUGGUUCGGGAGGGACACCCCGCUUGUGAGUACCCACCCUUGGACUUCGCCCUGACCUGCAGCUACACUUUGGGUCUGCUCCUCAUCUCUAUGGGCCUGUCUCUGACUGUGAUUCUGUGUGGGGGGGAGCUGGCAGCAGACGGAGGGGAUGACAGCGAGGAGGACAGAGAGGGUGAGAACGAUAGAGGAAGCUGGAAGUGUAACGCCAUCUGGGUCUUCCUGUCCAGUCUGGCAUCAGCGCUGCUGUGGGUGGGCUGGCUGGGAUUUUACCUUUACGGCAGCCAGGUGUUGAGGGGAAGGGGGAGUAGAGAGAGGGGAGGAGGAGGCAGGGAUGCCAAGGUGUUGGAUGAGCCGGCUCUGGCUGUGGCCCUGGUGAUCCAGGGCUGGAUCCUCUUGCUGUUCCACGCCAUUCCAGAGUCCCACCUGUGUCUCCAGCAACCUUCACCACCCGGCUCGGAGGACCUCUUUGACAGCAGCCAGAGGUCUCCAGCCAGACAAUAUGGAGAGGAGCUCUCUGGACAUUCCCACCCCUCCUUCCAGGAAAACCAGGCCUUCUCCAUGGAGGAGCACAGCUCAAGCGUCCGAAGUGCAACUUACCACGGCAGCCGCCCCGGCAUCGCCUUCAGAGGCCACGUCUACCAGCCCACUGAGAUGGCUUUGGUCAUGAACGGUGGAACCAUGCCCACAGCCCCCAUCACCUACACCGGGCGACGCUUGUGGUAGCCAAAGACAGAGGAGGCCGGGAGAUGGGCGGAAACGCCCGGAUGGCUGUGAAGAAGAAAGUGCUUUACUGUGUUCGUCAUGUGAAUUCCUCUCUUUGGACCAAACGUACGUUCUGCUGCGUCUCUCCCCAGAGGAGAAACCUGAUGCAGUAAGAGAGACGCUCAGAUCAACAAGCAAUGACACCAUGGAACAAAAACUUUAUGUAAACCAAAAAGCUGAUCACACACUGCUUAGAAAAGCUUUUCUGACAAGUGCUUAUGAUGUCUAAAAAAAGAAAUCGCUGUUGAUUUAGCCAGACAAGGUUGAAGAUCUAAAAAGGAUGUUCACGAAACCAAGAAUCAGAUGAGAAGAAGCAAAAGCCAUAAUAAUAGACAGUGCACAGUGAUGUCACACAAAAUGGUGACGGGGCCGUGAAGGUGAUACGUAACAUCCAGUUAAUGGAUUUAGACCGGGAAAACCAAGAACUGAACACUGUUUAACACAAUCUAUGUAAAUAAUUAAAGGUAACCUGAAAAAUGAACAAUAUUUAUUUUAUGAAUGUCCUGCUGAACUGGAUUUUCAUUUCCUGUCACAAAUCUAAAUACAAAUGCGAAUAAUCCUUCAAUAUUUGAGGUUUUAUUGAAAAUAUCGACCUUUCCUUUGAGCUGAUAUUACAGUUUCUAUUUUGCUUGAUGUUAUUCGCAUGUGUUUUGAAUGCGUUCGAGCUCAAAAACUGAUGAAAAUUCAUGUUGGUCACAAGUAAUAGGCGCAGCCAAGAUGAAUUUGUUGGCCGCAAGUCUUUCAACAGCGCCCACGGCUAAAUCUAGCUGUUGUAAUAAGAGGUAUUUAUUGUUUUUCAGGGUAUUUUAAGGGGUAAUAGUAAAAUCAGGAAUGUUUUUGAUAGGAAUAUUUUUUUUACGGUCACUAAUUAUUUUUAUCCUUGUUUGUCUUUAUUAUCCUACAGGGAUCAGACAUGGCUAUGAGCAAAAGCGUCAGAAAAUGAUGCAGCUGUUUUUAGUUUUUCUUCAUUGUAAGCCAUGUUGAAAUUGUCUGACUUUAUCUCUGAUCUUAGCGAUUUUGUGAACAUGGAAAUGUAAUCAACUUUAACUGGACUGAAAAGAUCUUCUGCAGAUCUACGUCUCGUCCUCAUCGUGGAAAGCUAGCGUUAGCAUUAGCAUCAAUAAGAAGAAGAAAAUCUGAAUUACCUUCAUAAUGAAACAAGCAACAAUCAAUGAAGUACCUGUAACCUUCGUCUAACUUUGACCGUGUUGUUAGAGAAAAAUUGUCCUUGACUCGUUUAAUAUCAUCCAUGAUUUUGGGGAAGCAGCUGUUCUGCUUUCUGCAGGAGGAAUAAUGACAUUUGAUCUAACAGGGGAAACAAAUACAACCAGGUAGAACAUUUAUAAAAUAAAAAUUUUACAAAUUUCUGUUACAAUUAGAAAACCUUCACCUUCAUGAAUGAAAGGUUACUUUUCAUUAUUUACAUGAAAUUGCUUUGAAGAGCGUUCAGCUGUCAGCUUUGCCGUUCUAAACCAUAGACAUAAUAUAGAACCGGAACUUACUUUGUAAAAUCUGCGUUUUGUGUGACGUCACGUGAAAAGAGUCUAUAAUAAACUUCAGCGAAACAUCUCACCAAAGCUCCAGAUGACUCCAUUUAUGAAAACAUCCUCCUGCAGUUUAUAGGAUAGAAGCUGCAGUAAAAUCUCUUCUAUCGGACAUGUAGCCCAACACAAUCAGUUUCGGGUUUGGUAAAAGUUAAAGUUGCUGUUGUCUGCUUGAGUAAAUAAAAAUAAAAUGACAGACCAAAGGGAGGAGAUGCUGUCCGCUCCAUGUGGUUGGAGGAGAACCACACAGCCAUAACCUAGAAUUUCUCUUCUUCUGAUUUAUUUUGGCCCUGUCAGAGCUUGUUUUAGACAAUAGCGCCACCAAAUGAACAGUUGUUGGAAGUGCAGGAAGUUUAGGGUCUCUGCUGAGAGUGUCGUCUAUGGAAGCAAAGCAAACCUGAUGGGGGGGUUCUCAGCUUUCCCCUUCAGUCUCAAAGAGACCUUUUUUGGUAAAGAGCGUUUGCGGGGACGUCUGUCAUGUUGCUGAUGCGACAUGCUCAUCUGCAGAAUGAGCAACAACUUCAGUUUCAGAAACUCCCUGAAGCGUGUAAAUGCACUUACACAUUUUAAAAGAGUUUUAUAGAAAAGUCAACCUGUAAGACUCCGCCCACUUUUGGAGAGGAUGCUUCUUCUUCUUCUUCUUCUUCCGUUUCCAUAGCAUUCAAAUAUGUAAAAAACAUUGAAAUUGUUUGCAAAGAAUAUAUUUCCGCAUUCAUUUUUAUAUGUGAUCAGUCUACAAAUUUCAAUAAUAAGAAAUCCUUGUUUGACUAAAGGGGCUUAACCCUUUAACACCAGAGCUCCGGUGUUUAUAUCUUUUGAUUUACUGUAAUUUUUUAAUUGUUAACACGAUCAACCUCAUUCCGAAUCUGCUGGAAUGACAUUAAUCGUGUUGAAAAGUUACAGUGUGUUUAAGUAUCACCAGUGGUACCUCAGCUGUUAAAGGGUUAAGGACAGUUAAUAUUUAUAAAUUUUUUUCUGCGUAAUCAGAAAUAUUUAUUGUGAGGAUGAGGAGCAGCAUCAACCAGUGUUUUGACACGAGUGAAUGUUCAAUAAUUAUAUGUUUCAUAAAACUGCACUUUCCUCAAAUCUGCCUCUAGUAUAUUGAUGUAAAUUAGCAGCAGACGCCCACGCAGCUGGCUCGUUGGCUGCUUUUCAGGGUUCCCAUGGCGACUGCAGACAGCAGGACACUUCCUGUCUCUGGUGCAUUCAGGAGCGGGAAAUAAAGCCAUGUAUCUGCCACCGAACACCACCUUAAAAAAACAUUUAGAAGAUGUUUAGACAUUUAGAAGACACAUAUUUUUGUUCAGAGGUACAAGCAAAACAUUCCUACUUUAAUUUAUUUCUACAUUUCUCCAGACACUAUGUAUUUUUAAUCUAUCUCCUUUGACAUUUUUAAUUUGUAAAAAAAUAAAAUAAAAGUUGAAGUAAAAUAAAUGAGAAAAAUUUGUGAAAAAAACAAUAAAUAUCAAACAAAUGGAGAGACAUGGAUAAAUUAAUUGAUACAUUUUUCUGGUGUGUAUUUCUGAACAAAAACUAUGCAAUGUCUUUUGUUUUUGAUGGUUAAAAAAACACUUUUCACAGUGGAUAUAAAGAAGUAAAACCAGGUGAAGUAUUCAAAAAAGUUUGCCCUUUGCUCAUGAGGCCUCAGUCGACCAGAACCACAGAACUCUGAAGUUCAUUGGAGAGCUGCGAGUCACGGCUGAAGGUGUAACCCUUGUGCUAUCCCAGGCAUGUUUACAUUAAAAGUGGGGUCAUCUUGACCCCAUAGGAGAGCACGAGGGUUAAGGCGCUUCAUCCAGUUCAGGCCUGGUCCUUCCAGAAACCCAGGUGAGCUUCAUUGCACUUUAUGAUGACUAAACUCCCCUAAAUGGAAACAAACUCCAGCAGAACCAGACAAAGUGUGUGUGGGGAGGGGUCAGUGACUUUCAUUGACUGUAUAUAGAGAACUGGACUGAGUAAUUCCUUCCCUCUCAAGUUCCAAACAGGAAGUACCUGCUGGCUCCAAAGAGCUAAAAUCCCAUAGACUUCUAUAGAAACAUUAUCAGUCGUU